AACGUCAUUCGAAAGUUUACGCGUGUUGGAAACGGUAGGGUCUUGUAAAUAAAUCAAGAAAUCGUAAUUAAGUUGCAAUAAUUCAUUUAUUUAACUUUACUACCUAGUAACGCUGCAUUAAGGUUAACGUUUAUAGUUUUUAAUGAUAUUGUAGCGUAUAAACUCGGAAUAAAUCGACACGUGAUUGUUCAGUAUAAACAAGUGGUCCUAAUUUGUUGUGACCGCCGAAUUUAAAAUGGUCGAUCAGAAAAAUGUACUAGUGAUCGGUAGCGGAGGCCGCGAGCAUGCCUUGUGUUGGAAGUUGGCAGAUUCGCCGUUCGUUCGUCAAAUUUACUGCGCGCCAGGUAGUGUCGGAAUUUCCACAACAAACAAAGUUCAAUCCGUCGAGCUCGACAUCAAGGACUAUCCAGUACUAGCACAAUGGUGCAAAGAUCACUCCAUCGACCUAGUCCUAGUUGGCCCAGAAGAUCCACUAGCCAACGGCAUAGUGGACGGUCUAAUCUCGCAUGGUGUGAAGGUUUUCGGACCUACGCAGGCCGGAGCCCAGAUUGAAGCCAACAAGGACUGGGCUAAGGGUUUCAUGGCGCGUCACCAGAUACCUACCGCGCGGUAUAAGUCAUUCACGGAUGCUUCGGCAGCUAAGGCUUUUAUUAAUGGCGCCAACUAUCCAGCGUUAGUGGUAAAGGCUUCCGGUCUCGCGGCCGGCAAAGGAGUGGUGGUCGCUACCACAAAGGAAGAGGCCUGCCAAGCUGUGGACGACAUCCUUACUGACGCCAAGUAUGGCGCUGCCGGGCAAACAGUCGUGGUUGAAGAGCUGCUGGAGGGAGAAGAGGUUUCGGUCCUCGCCUUCACUGACGGCGAAACCGUCUCCAUGAUGCCCCCCGCGCAAGACCACAAGCGCCUGGGCGACGGCGACACAGGCCCUAACACCGGCGGAAUGGGCGCCUACUGCCCUUGUCCCCUCAUAACUCCAGACCAGUUACUGGACGUGAAGGACCAGGUGCUGCAGAGAGCUGUCGAUGGAUUGAAAGCUGAAGGCAUCAAAUAUGUUGGUGUCCUGUACGCUGGCAUGAUGAUAACGAAGUCUGGCCCUAUGACGCUGGAGUUCAACUGUCGUUUCGGAGACCCGGAGACCCAGAUCCUGAUGACACUUAUGGAGACAGACCUCUACACUGUCUUGAAGGCUUGCGUAGACGGCACUUUAAAACAACUACAAAUCACAUGGAAUACCAAACUGUCGUCGGUCGGUGUAGUCAUAGCCUCAAAAGGAUACCCAGAAACUUCUACCAAGGGAUGCGUCAUCAGUGGUCUCUCCCAAGUGCAGUCGAACCCGGGCGUAGUGGUGUUCCACAGCGGCGUAGCCCGCGGCGCUAACGGCACUCUAGUGACCGCUGGUGGCCGAGUUUUGCUCGUUUGUGCUCGAGCGGCUUCCCUUCGCGCUGCGGCCGCGGCCGCCGCCGCUGCCGCGGGCGCUAUAGACUUCCCUGGCAAGCAGUACAGAAAGGACAUCGCGCAUAAAGCCUUUUCCAAAAUCAACGGCCUCUCCUACCUUCAAGCCGGUGUCGAUAUCGAUGCCGCAGCGUUGUUAGUGCGCAAGAUCGAGCCUCUAGCUACUGGGACGCAUCGCCGUGGCGUCCUAGGCCGGCUGGGAUGCUUCAGUGGCCUGUUCCAGCUCGCGGCCAUGGACCCGCUGCUUAAGGAUCCUGUAUUGGUGCAGGGGACUGAUGGAGUCGGGACUAAACUUAAGAUAGCGGAAAUUAUGAAUAAGUACAACACGAUCGGCCAAGAUCUGGUCGCUAUGUGCGUUAACGACAUCCUCUGCGCUGGAGCGGAGCCCUUUGCGUUCCUGGACUACAUGGCCUGCGGAAGGCUACAAGUAGAUGUGGCAACGACCAUUGUCAGCGGCAUUGCUGAUGCCUGCAUUCAGUCCGGGUGUGCGCUGCUGGGCGGAGAAACGGCUGAAAUGCCCACAAUGUACGACGUCGGUAAAUACGACCUGGCCGGCUUCGCAGUAGGUGUGGUCGACAACCACAAACAACUUCCUCGCACCAGAGAGAUCAGAGCCGGCGACGUUGUUCUCGCUCUGGCGUCCACUGGCGUGCACAGCAACGGGUACAGCUUGGUGCAAAAAAUCAUGUUGGAGACUGGACAUAGCUACUUCGAGAAAGCCCCAUUCAGCACCACCAACAAAACCUUUGGCGAGGAGUUCCUCGUACCGACCGGGUUGUACGUGAACGCGCUCCUCCCGGCCGUUAAGAAAGGCUCCAUCAAGGCCAUGGCCCACAUUACUGGAGGAGGCCUGCUUGAGAAUAUACCGAGGGUGCUGCCAGCUGGGGUCAGGGUUGUGCUGGACGCUUUGAAGUUCAAGAUCAAACCUAUCUUCGGAUGGUUACAGGCUAAGGGUGGCGUGUCCGACUUCGAAAUGCUGCGCACGUUUAACUGCGGAGUAGGCAUGGCGGUGAUCGUUGACCCGGUGUGCCUUAACGAGGUCCUAGCCUCCGUGCCCGAGAUUCAAGUCAUCGGCACCGUGCAGAACCUGGGCAAGGAAGGCGGACACCAGGUGGUCGUGGAGAACUUCAAGGAAGCCAUGGCGCCGCUCACCGAGCCGUUCGGAGGCGCGCAGAGCCAGGGCUUCAAGUCGCUCUCGUACAAGGACAGCGGCGUCGACAUCGAGGCGGGAGACUCGCUCGUGUCGCUCAUCAAGCCCCUCGCUAGGUCCACAUCGCGUUCGGGUGUAUUGGGCGGUCUCGGUGGUUUUGGAGGAUGCUUCCAAUUAAAAGCUAUCGAACAAGAAUAUAAGGACCCGGUCCUCGUCCUGGCCUCGGACGGCGUGGGCACCAAGCUGCAGAUCGCCCAGAAGAUCAACCAACACAACACCAUCGGCGUCGAUCUCGUGGCCAUGUGUGUCAACGACAUUCUCUGCAACGGCGCCAGUCCUCUGACGUUCCUAGAUUACUUCGCUUGUGGACGAUUGGAUGUUAGUGUGGCGAGAGCUGUGGUUUCCGGAGUGGCUGAGGGAUGCAGGCAGGCACAGGCUGCGCUUAUAGGCGGGGAAACUGCGGAAAUGCCUGGAAUGUACGAUCCUGGAGUAUACGACAUUGCGGGAUUCGCGCUCGGCGUCGUUGAGAGGAGCCACAUCCUGCCCAAGAUACAAGAGAUCACGGUCGGCGACACGAUCAUCGGCCUGCCUUCGAACGGAGUUCACAGCAACGGCUUCAGUUUGAUCCACAAACUCGUGAAGAAGGCCGGCUUGACGCUCAGCGACAAGGCGCCGUUCAGCAAGGAAGGAUUGACUUUAGGCGAAGAGCUAAUCAAGCCGACCCGCAUCUACGUCCGCGCAGUGCUGCCGGCCCUGCAGCGCGGGCUGGUGAAGGCCGCGGCGCACGUCACGGGCGGCGGGCUCCUGGACAACAUCCCGCGCGUCACGCCCGAGUGGGUGCGCGCGCGGCUCAACGCGCACUGGUGGAACGUGCACCCUGUGUUCGCAUGGAUCGCGGAUGCCGGCUCAGUCUCCGACGAAGAAAUGGUACGGACCUUCAACUGCGGCAUCGGUAUGGUUCUCAUUGUCUCGCCAGAAGAUCAGGCUGAGGUGAUGAACAUCACACGGGCGUACGGCGCCAUGGUGAUCGGCAGCAUCCAGGCGCGGCCGCCGGGCGGCGCGCGCGUCGUCGUCGACAACUUCGCCUCCGCGCUCGACUUCACCCGCCGGAUGCCCACUCUGCCCAGCAAGAAGGUAGCAGUACUAGUAUCCGGUAACGGCAGUAACCUGCAAGCAUUACUGGACACAACUCGCGACCCUGCGCAGUGCAUGUGUGCGAAUAUCGCCCUUGUGAUUAGCAACAAGAAGGACGCUUUUGCUUUGAAAAGGGCGGAGAAGGCCGGAGUUCCGACGUUGGUACUUAAUCACAAAGACUACAAGUCCCGCGAAGAGUUCGACCGCGCUAUUACCGCGGCACUAGAGGCACAUAAAAUCGACAUCGUCUGUCUCGCCGGCUACAUGAGGAUACUGUCUAGCGAAUUUGUGAAGAAAUGGAAAGGCAAGCUGGUGAACAUCCACCCGUCGUUGCUGCCCCGGCACCCCGGCCUGGAGGCGCCGCGGCAGUGCCUGGCCGCCGGCGACCGGGAGAGCGGCUGCACGAUACACUUCGUCGACGAGGGCAUGGAUACAGGCCCCAUCAUCCUCCAAGAGCGCGUGCCCGUUCUCAAGGACGACACCGUGGAGAGCCUCACGGAGCGCAUCCACUGCGCAGAGCACCGCGCCUUCCCGCAGGCGCUGCGCCUGCUGGCCACCGGCCGCGUGCGCCUCAGCCAGCAGGGCCACAUCAUGUGGUACUCUGGAUAGAUGCGUACUCCGAGGUACAUCGACCGACCUAUAUCUCUAAUAGCCAUAUUUUUCAAUAUCAAAUUCAAUAAACCACCGAGUGGUUUUUUAACGCUAAGUAGCAUAGGCAAAGCAAUACUAAGACGCGAAAAUCAGUGCAAAAUAUUUUAGUCGCAAAGUUGACGGCUAAUUAAGAUGCGCUGCUUUAUGCGCCUUACAUAUUCCUCUGUGUACAGAUGUAGUGAAUAAUCCUUUCCCAUCAUUUUUUCCCGGAUACUUUCGUAUUUAUUAUGCUGCUUCAGUCAACCUAAGUACUUUUUGUACUAAGACGGACUGAAAUAGCAAGACACGUUCGUACGUUUCCGUGAAAAUACGAUGGGAAAGGAUUAUUCAAUAUGCUUUACCUGGACAUUAUGAUCACAAAACAUUUUCUUUAAUAAGAAAUGCAACAAAGUCGCAGGAGAUUUUCCUUUCUUAUGCCACAGCUUUAUAGGCACCUGUCAUAAAUAUGUGGCUUUCCAUCACAGAGGGGUCUUUAGAAUUUCAGAUGGAACGGACCUUAUUGCACUUGAAGCAAAGUGCAAUAAGGUCCAUUCCAUCUGAAAUUCUGAUAAAAAGUCCUUAUUGCACAUGAAGCAUAAGGAGCCUUCUCUGAUGGAAUGCCACAUAUGUGUUUCGUUGUGUUUAUGUUAUGAUUAGUAUCUUUGUGGCAUCAUACGUUUACUCGAACAUGCUUAAGAUCUGCGUUUAUAUUUUGUACAUAUUCAUCGCAGUGCCAUUUAUUAGGUAACAUUCCAACAAUUGUAUCUUCUUACUCAGUGAGGGACCAAUUAGUGUUAAAUUAUAAUUUUGUUACGUGAAAGCAAACCUCGAAUAUUUUCUUUCUUGUGAUUUUACGAUACCUGUAAAUUUAGAUAUAAGUAAUUUACAGUCUUAUCAUCUAAAUGAUAUUGGGCUAUAUUUACAUGAAACAUAGACCUUUUUCCUCUGUAGUAUACUAUAUGUACUCUUGUAUUUUGACAUCAGACGUAAAUAUUGACUAUGGUGUAGAUUUUUUUGUGAUAUCCAAGUGAGGACAUUUACAGACGUUUUGUUUUACUGUGAGUACAAGUCGAGAAUUCUGUGCAUUUGUAUUUACAAAGAAUAGAGUUAUUAAGCUAGCACUGCUCAAUAACUUAUGAUUUCCAAUCAGUUUUGUUAUAGGUAUUUUGUUUACAGCAUUUAUGAAUCGCUAAUGAAGUUAAGGUGUAGCACUUUACUCAACAGUGAUAAAUUUAUUGUUAAGGAAAUUGUGUAGUUUAAAAUAUGUUAGAAAUAAAACGUUUUGCAUAAA